CGGUAGUAUCUGGAGCAACGAGCUGGUGGAGGUACGGAGACGUUUGAUGUUAGACGGUAGUAUCUGGAGCAACGAGCUGGUGGAGCUCUUUCUGGAGGUGGGAAAUGAGAACGCCAACAGCUUCUGGGCGGCCAGCCUGCCCCUGGAGGAAGAGCUUCACAUGGGGGCGUCGCCCGAGCAGCGGGCCACCUUCCACCGCAGGAAGUACAGAGAGAGGAAGUACCGGAGGGUCCUGGAAAGCCUUCACGACCAGGAGCAGCUCAAUCAGGCGCUGUGUGCUGCUGUGGUUCUACCUGAUGUGUUAGAGACCAUGUCGUUGGUGUUCAGUGGAGCUGAUGUGAUGUGUGCUACAGGAGAUCCAACCUACUCGACUCCCUACCUUUUGGCCCAGAGGGCAGGGCAGAGGCUGCAAAUGGAGUUCCUACACCACAACAAGCUCUCAGAUUUCCCCAAGCUGGAGUCAUCCUCAGAGACCAGUUCUCCGUCUGAUGCUCCGUCCUUCAUGGACGGCUUCCUCUACUGCUCCGCCGGUCCGGCCAAGGCCACCCUGGACAGGAGAGGCAGAGACGGUCUGCCCGGAACGUUCCUCCGCGCCUGUCAUUACAGUCCUAGAUUCCCGCUAGGGUUUCUCCCAACGCACCUGUCCAUGGGAUGGAGACUGGAUGGGUUUUAUUUCCUCAUUGAGGUGAAUGGAAUUCUGUUGACUGUCAGCGGUAGAGGUCACACGGGGUUCGACGUAGAGGUCACACGGACAUGGUGCGACGCUGGUGUACCCUGGAGGGGGCUCCUUAGCUAUUAUGAGAAUGAACGGAGCCCCAUGGCCACCGGCAGAGUGGACAUCACUGAGGUGGUCAGUCUGGCCGUCAACAAAACAGAGACCAUGACUGGAGCAGGGGCUGUGUUCAUGGUGGAGAUCUACCUACAGUCAGACAGAGUGUUCUUGUUUGGCGCCAAGACACAGGAGACACAGCAAGACUGGGUCCAGGCUAUCGCCAAGUGUUUCGUCCCAUCUAAAGUAGAGGCUAUGUUGAGGAGAGACUGCGAGCUGAUUGCGCUCUACUUUAAGGAAGGUCAUGACCUCUACCGGAGGGUUGGUUGGUUUGCUCUGGAAGGCUCCGCCCUCUACUUUAGUUGCGGGAGAGACACUGGGGCCAUGCAGCUCAAACAACUACAGGAACUCACUGUUUCCACACACGUAGAAGGUGAGGAGAGGAUCCAAGUGCUCUUGAUGGUGGAGGGUGGAAGAACUGUGUACAUCCAUGGUUUCAACAAAGUGGACUUUGCGCUGUGGCACUCUGCGAUCAAAUUGGCCUCUGGCACGGACGGCAGGGCUCUAAGCAACCAGCAGCUGAGUAAAAAGGGCGUCCCCAUCGUUGUGGACAGCUGCAUAGCUUUUGUCACCCAGUACGGUCUGUGCCAUCAGGGGAUCUACAGCGUUAGGGGGGACCCGGGCCGUGUAUCCCUGCUCCUGGGGGCCUUCAGGCAGGACGCCCGCAACGUGAAGCUCCAUGUCCUGGAGCACCAACUGGAGGACGUCACUGACACCCUGAAGACCUUUCUGUCCCAGGCCGAGGACGCCUUGCUGACCAAGGAGCUCUACCCCUACUGGGUGUCUGCACUAGAUGAGGAGGAUGAGAAACGGAGAGUGGAGAAGUACUCUAGAUUUAUCCAGAGUCUUCCCAAGAUCAACAGAUCCACCCUGACUGCUCUGCUGCAACAUCUCUACAGGGUCCAGAGGUGCUCCCAUAUAAACCAGAUGCAGACCAGAGACUUAGCCUGUGUGUUCUCCUCAUGUCUCUUCCAAACCGAGGGACAAACCACACCAGAGAUCAGCGUGGUCCAAGACCUCAUCACCAACUAUGUACAACUUUUUGGGGUCAACGAGGACCAACUCAAGCAGAUGGAGAGUGAGAACAGUUUCAUCACACGAUGGAACGACAAGAAAGACACCAUAUUCUCUCCGGCCGGGGACUUGAUCUUUGAGGUGUACCUGGAGAGGAGGGAGCCGGAGAACUGCUGCUUAAUCAAGUUGUCUCCUACCAUGAGGUCAGACGAGCUGGCAGAGUCCACGCUGGUUACGAGGAACGUGGUCACGAACCCGGUCGACCUCUGGACCACGUUCGAGGUCAUUGAGAACGGAGAACUGGAACGCCCAUUACACUACAAAGAGAAGGUUCUGGAGCAGGUGCUGGAGUGGAGCACUCUAGACGACCCCAGCUCCGCCUUCCUCGUCAUCAAAAAGUUUGGAGAAGACAAAAUGGCAGACACUCUCCCAGCAUCCCGGGCGAAGGUGCUGUCCCAUUGA